AUGGACCCACUUACUACUACCAAUAAUCAGCAUUCGGCCUCAAAACCAAGAUUCAUCGUCGGUUCUCAUAAAAACUCGUCCUCUAAGUUGUCUUCAGUUCCCGUGCGGAAACAUGCUGAUAUUUUUGUCUCGAGACUUGAUCCAUGCGUUACGUCUACCAUGCUUGAAUCUGAAUUAUUCAAUAGUUACUCAGAAGUGACCAUUAAUAAAAUGGUAACAAGACACCCAUCAUACUCCUCAUUCCACGUCCGCUUGCAUGCGGAGAAGCUUGUAGAGGGCCUCGAACCUGCAUUCUGGCCUGAUGGCUUAAUGGUCAAACGCUUCUGGGGUCGUCUUACCCCUGAGAUGAUUCUAAAUUCCACUCCAAAAAACUAA